AUGUUGACUGUUAGUACUAAGCUGCAUCGCGGCGCGCUGAUUCUCGCGUUGUGGCUGCUGGUGGUGGACGCCCAGUGGGGUGAUCCCGUAUAUCUGGAGGAAUCGCAAGCACAAUUCUUGAAAGACUGGACAUCUCAGGAUUGGUCAGAGGACCCCUGCGAUUUUAUUUCUUUCGUCGGCUGCGACAACGACGGCAUGAUUUAUACACUGGACUUGCGUAGCUUUCGGACGGAAUCCAUUCCAGGCUCAAUUAGCGCGCUCCAGAAACUCCAAAUCAUCCGAAUAAUCAGCUCAACCAUUCCAGGCACAAUUCCUUCAGAAUUGGGAAGCAUCACUUCUCUUAUGUCUGUAGAGCUGAGCUAUAUGGAAGGCUUGUCAGGGCCCAUACUGCCAGCACUCCUGAACUCGCCUAAUAUCAACAGGCUGGUCAUCAACAGGUGCAAUCUCAAUGGAACCAUCCCGUCAGGCAUUGGCUCCUUCGCAAGUCUCGAGUACCUCCAGCUGUCGGUGAAUCAGUUCACGGGACCAAUUCCUGAUUCCAUUGGAAACCUCCAGCAACUUCGGUACUUGGACCUGUCAUACAACCAGCUCUCGGGACCCAUCCCAUCAACAAUCAGCAACCUGGGGGGACUAAGACAACUGAAUCUCCAUUCCAACUAUCUGACAGACUCCAUCCCUUCAAUUGGCUCAAUGACGGAUAUGACCUACCUGGACCUAGGCCACAACCGUCUGUCAGGAGGCAUCCCAGACCUGAGUGCCAUGACCAACCUCCAAAGCCUGGACCUAAGUCAGAACGAGCUGAGUGGAAGCAUCCCAGCUUACCUCUUCUCGUUUGAGAAUCUCGAGCAACUACUGCUUAAUAUGAACCAGUUCACGGGAUCCAUCCCCGCAACGAUCGACAGCCUUACCAACCUCAGACGCCUGUCUCUCGCUUUCAACCAGCUGUAUGGAACCAUACCGGCCACAACCACCAGCCAUGAUUUUCUGGUGUCAUUCGACCUCUCCCACAACUUCCUCACAGGCUCCAUCGUGAAGCCCGAUACCGGCACCGCUGACCUAUCUAACAACUACCUCUCGGGCACACUGACUGGGGAGCCGACUGAUGUCUCUGUGGCCGCCAACUGCUUCACGUUGCCUGACGGGGCUACCUGGUCGCCGCAGCGGCCUGAAUCAGCAUGCCAAGCGUUUUGCGGCAUCUCCAAGUUGGAUUCCAGUGCUGGUGGUGGUGCUGGUGGUGUUGCCUGUGGCGGCCAUGGGCUGUGCUAUCCGGACGGACCUAGCUUGGCGCCGACUUGCUCGUGUGACGAGGGGUUCGUUCAGUUUGGAAAGAUCUACUGCCUUGUUGAAGGCUCGGUUCUCGCCUCCCCAGUCGACAAGGAGAUUCUCCCCUCAGCAACUGUGCUCACCACGGGGACGAAGAAGGAAGCCAGAGGGGUGUUCAUGGAACAGCCACUGACCCUCUUUGUGUACGACCAAGGCCGGGAGGACCCCGGGUGCGGGUUCGAGCUGGGCUUUAACGUCAACUUCACCUUCUCCCUCUCGCCCAAAGGCAAGGCCGUUUCGAACGGGUUUGCGUUUGUGGUGUCGGCAACAAGCACGGUGGGUAGCAGCGAUGGAGUGGGGUACGGCGGGAUGGACCCUCGCAGCAUGGCGAUCGAGUUUGACGUGCUUCAGAACAUUCAGCAUCUCGACAUGAAAGAGCAGCACGUGGGGUUGAACACCUACGGGCAGGACAUAUCAAUCGCGGCUGUGAAGUCCCCAUUCCCGCUGGCCAACAAGCAGGCAUACACGGCAUGGGUGGACUACCAGCCUGGCGAUCCCGGCACCAUCCAGGUCUUCCUGGCCAAGGAGACAGUAGUGACGAGAGCAGGGAAGAGGGCAGGGAAGAGGAUAGUGAAGCGGGUAGUGAAGAGGGCACAGAAGCCGAUCAGGCCGCUGCUGGAGAGGCGCCUGUCGCUGUGUGAGGUGCUGCAGCCGGGGCCACCGCAAGAGGAGCCGCAGGCGGAGGAUGAUGAGCCGCAGGCGCAGCAGGCGUUCUACUUUGGAUUUGUGGCGUCCACCACUGUGCAGCCGUUCAUGAGCCAUGCCAUUGUCAACUCGUUCGUGCACGCUGACCUGCCUCCUCCUCCCGCCUCAGUCGACGUUCCUUCAGCUCUUGGCCUGAGUCUCACGGUGAGCACGUAUGCACCGGCGUGGGCGAGCCCGUUCCCGCGCUAUGUGAGUGCAGACUACCGAGUGGCGGCAGGGAAGCAGGACUCGUGGGUCUUCAGGGACCUCCACUCCUGGGACUCCGUGCCCUUCCUCGGCUGGCCCGUCAAGAACCAGGCUGAUUGCAAGGCGUGCUGGGCGUAUGCGGUGGUGGCGAGCAUAGAAGCAGCAUACGGCAUCGCAACGAAUCAAGAGGCGCCGCAGCUGUCAGUGGAGUCGCUCUUUGCAGCCAUGGGAGUCAGCAAAGGGGACAAGUGCACUGCUGGGGGCUCCCCAACAGACGCCUUUGAGAAACUUCUUACUCUGCCAAAAGGAGGACUCACCUUGGACGGCAAUCCGGGGAAAAAGUAUCCUAUUCAGGGAUUCGAGCGCGCAUCGUUCAAGGGGUAUGUGGGGCUCAUGCUGGCAGUGCAGCGGCAGCCAGUGGUGGUUCACAUCGAAGCCUCCGCUGACACGUUCGCUUCGUAUGACGGGACGUUCAAGUACCAGGACCCUGCGUGCUACAGCGGCAACCUGAACCACGUGGUGCUGCUGGUGGGAUAUUUCAUUCUCCGAGAUGACGGCAGUCAGAGCCGCAUUGCGCCGCCGUUUUGGAUCAUCCGCAACUCGUGGGGCGAGGGCUGGGGAGACAGGGGCCACAUGCGCAUGGACAUUCAGGGAGGGGAUGGCGUGUGUGGCAUCAACGUGCUGCCUGGCAUCUACCCCAUUGUCAAAAUCCCGGGGGACCCAUGCGGCAGCAAGAGCUACAAGGGAGAUGGUGACCUGCAGCCCAGCAUGAACCCGUGCGGACGCUUCACAUGCACGGCCAUUGCACAGACGGACACCAGCAUGUGCACCUGCUCCCUCGCCUCUCAGCCCAAGCAGCCCUUUGUCCCAGUCCUUAGCAACUAUGGCGCCCAGACAUGCGCCUAUGUGGACGUGUGUGGGUCGUACUUCAAGAACCCCUGUGCCGUGGGCACAUGCAUCAACGAUGGCAAGGGCGCCUACUCCUGCAUCUGCCCUCCCAACCACGUCCCCAGCCGAACCAUCGAUGACUUCCCCACCUGCGACCCAGUUAAUGCCAGCGCCACCACCAUGACGGUCGACGGAGACAACUGGUCGUGCAGCAAUGUGCAUCCUGUGCUAGGCGUCACACUUGCGCAGUUCAAGAGCAGCAACACAGAUAUAAACUGCAGCCAACCUUUGCCUAGAGGAACGGUGCUUCAAAUCGCAGGCAUUCCCUCCAUCCCCUGCACUGCCUUCUUCUACACCCUCAAUGGCGACACGUGUCAGUCCAUUGCCACCUCCAUUGGUCGCACAAAAAACGACCUCAUGACUCUCAACCCGGGCCUCUCCUGCACUCAAACCAUCAAACCCGGCCGCUCCCUCUGUGUGGAGCGCAACGCCACAUACGCCUACACGGCCCCCAAGUGUGUCAAGUACGCCACACUCACAGCACAGGACACCUGUGAGAGCCUGCUGAUGGGGUCGAAAAACCUCAAGAUUGAGCCCCACUUCUGGGCUGAGCUCUACCGCAACAACCCCGGCCUCGUCUGCUCCAACACCGUCCCUGGCUCUGCCUCUGCUGUUGGCAGCAACAUUGGCGUGCAGGUGUGCCUCAGGGCGGAGUACUGGUCGUUUGAGCUUGGAAGGUGCGAGAAGGGCCGGGAAAAGACUCCUUUACCUCGUUCUUACAAGUUUCCCCUCUUUCUCUAUGCGUCUCUCGUCCUCGCCGUUUCGAAUCCAAUAUCCGUCCCGUCCAAUCGUGUGCUACCGUCUACCAUGGUCAGUCUAUUCCGCGCCACCUCGUCCCCUGCCACCGCCACCACGACCGCCUUUAAUGAGAAAACCCACAGCGCGCAAUGCUGCUUAGCCGCUGCCGCCGUAUCUGACGCCGCGUAUCGCGGUCCGAAAUGUCCGGCCUGCGCUGCCCAGUGCAACGUUUCGCGACUUUCCGACAAUUGCUGGAGCGGAGGCGGAGGUGGUGGCGGAGGCGGAGACGACGGCGGGGCGCGCGUGGGGGGAGCAGAAAGCCGCGAGUUUUGGGGAGCACCGCCGUGGUUCACACCCGCAGAAGGCAUCGGGGUUAAUGCCGCUUCCACCGCCAAGAUCGGUAGUACCAAGGUCGUGCCGACUACCACCGGCGACGGCUUCGGCGGAAGCGGUAAUGACGGCGGUGCAACGGGAAUCGUUCACGCCGCGCCUUCGCGUCAGUUCCAUUCGGCUUGGUUUUCAGAUCGCGUUGACUGUGUUCCUGCUAGCGGUAAUGCGGGUGGCGCCGCGGAUGGCAACGCGCGCAACGCCGUCAGCCCUUCCGCCGUUUCCCGCGCCAAAGCGCCUCUCCUGCCGUCCGCGCUUGGCGUCUUGCGCUCCCUGCGCGGCGGGACGUCCUCCGCUUUCCGAGCGGAGGGCAGCAAUAAGGGGAACAAGGAGGGGAGUUUCAGGGGGAACAAGGAGGGCAGCAAUAGGGGGAACAAGGAGGGGAGCAGUAGAGGGAACAACGAGGGAAGUUUCAGGGGGAACAAGGAGGGGAGUUUUAGGGGUAACAAAGAGGGGAGUUUCAGGGGGAACAAGGAGGAAGGCAGCAACAGGGGCGGUAGGGAAUGCAGCAAUAGGGGCGGUCAUAAGGACGGCACUAAUAGAGCAACACUGGGGACGGUGGUUCUCGGGCUAGUGGGGUUUGGAAGCCCAGCGGCAGGGGCGGCGGCGAGUGUGGGAAGUUAUUCUGACAGUCUGCCCUCCCCGCACGCGGCACUAGCGCACGUCCGCUUGCUGCGCCAGGCCGCCGCUCUUCCGCUUGGCGCACCUGCGGUCGACAUUUCUCUCCGCCACUGUGCGUGUGUCUCCGCUCCCGUCUCCGCGGCCGCCUCCGCUUACCCGGAAGGUUCCGCGGACGCUGCGCGCAACUGCGCGCUUAGACCCGUUACAGGCGGCGCAGCCGCAUGCGCGGGGGAAGACGGCUCCGCCGCAGGGAUGGAACCAGCGGCAGCGGGAGCCCUGGGCGCAGAGGGCGCAGCGGGCGCAGCCGGCGCAGGGGAAACGGCGGGAGCAGCGGGGGCGAGCGUGUUAGGUGCGCACGUGGCGAUACAUAUGCCGAUGCGCGCGCUGAUGCUGGACGACGCGGGCAGCGACUCUUCCUUCACCUCCGCCGCCACCACCGCGUCUGGCGCUACCUUCUCCACGUGCUCGGGCGCGGGCGGCGGCGGCGCAGGGGGAGCUCCGGGCGCAGCGGGCGCAGGGGGAGCGGGAGCAGGGGGAGCGUUGAGCGGUGCAGGGAGUGGUGGUGGUGCGGGUACUUGGAGAAGCGCGGAGGAUGUGCUGGUGGGGGGCACUGGCGCUAUGAGCCUCCUAGGGAGUUCGGGCGCACUGCCGCCGUCGCAGUAUGGUCUGAACCAGCACGCGCAUCCCCUUCAGCAGCAACACGACCAGCAGCACCACCAGCAGAAGCACCAGCACCAGCACCAGCACCAGCAGCAGCAGCAGCAGCAGCAGCAGCAGCAGCAGCAGCAGCAGCAGCAGCAGCAGCAGCAGCAGCAGCAGCAGCAGCAGCAGCAGCAGCAGCAGCAGCAGCAGCAGCAGCAGCAGCAGCAGCAGCAGCAGCAGCAGCAGCAGCAGCAACUGCAGCAGCAGCAGCAACAGCAGCAGCAGCAGCAGCAGCAGCAUGUGUGCGUGGAGGUAACCUGGGCGUGUAACAUCCACCUGUGCAGGCAUCUGCUGCUAUCAGCCUUCUCCCAGGCCGGCAUGCGGCCGGCUUCGCUUGUCCUCUUCCACCCUGUCAUGCCACCCUCUCCCCAAGUAGGCUUGGGGAGCGGCGCUCACCCCGCCGUCUCCCCUUCCACGCGCGCGUGUGCUGUUCCGCCGACGCAGCUUGCGCCCUCCCCUUUAUCUGCCCCCGCGUUCCCCUCUGCGCUUUCCCUUUCCGCGCCCUCUGCUUGCCCCCCUGUUGGGGUGGGUACUCUCGUUCCUCCCUAUGACACGGCCACACUGGGAUGGAUGCAGCUUCAGCUACCAAGGCACGAGCUCGUGGAUGAGAGGCGGAUAAGAGACACACUUAGCAAAGUGGGAGCUGCUGCUGCCACCGCUGCCGCCGCCUCUGCUGGUAAUUCUGGCGGAACCGGAAAAGGAGGUGCAGUAACAGCCGCAGCAGCAGCUUUUUUCAGUGGGGCAGCAGGGGGAGGAGCAGUGGCAGGAGGGGCGGAGCGUUUCGACGGUUCACAAUCAGGGGAUGUGCGGAUGGGGGAAGUGCAAGGGGCGGAGCGCAGGGGCAACCGCGGGAGGUGGGGGAGGAGAGCGGGGGGAGGGGGAGGUGGGGGGAGCGUUGGCGGGGGGAGUAGCGUUGGCGUUGGUGGGGCUAGUGCUGGUAGCGGUGUUAGCAGUGCGAGUGGUGUAAGCGGUGCAAGUGGUGCAAGUGGUCUCAGUAGCGUGCCUGGGUCCCUGUCUUCGCUUUGGAAACGGGCUGAUCUGGGGGGUAAUGGGGAUAGCACCCAUGGGGGUGGCAAGGGCAGGCGAGGCGGGCGAGGAGUGCGGCAGAAGCGGGAGCGGGAUGAGAGGGAGAGAGAGGAGCGGGAAAGGGAGAGGGAGAAGAGGGGGUUCCGGUGGGAGAGGGACGAGAGUGGGUGUGAGGAGAGGGAGAGGGAGAUGGAAAGGGAGAAGGAGAAGGAGAAGGAGAAGGAGAAGUGGGGGUUUCGGUACUCAGGAAGAAAGGCAGGGGCAAUGAUAGACUCGUUGCUGCUGGGACUGUCCAGCAGAAAGGCCCCUCCGCAUGGUGAAGCCUCCACGUCCUCCUCUGCUUCGGCUGCUGCUACUGCCGGUGCUGUUGCGGCCGCGGCUGUGUCCCUCUCGCCUCUGACUCUCUCCUCCCCUGCUGCUAGUCCUGGGCCUUCUUAUGCGGCCGCCUCCCCCCCGACCGCGUCUGCUGCUGCGCCUGGUGAUGCGUGCGCUGCUGCUCCGGUUGCGGCCCUGGGGAAUGCAGAGCGGGUGAGCGGUGAUAGUGGUGCUAUUGUGCCGAUGGGGGGUGCCGGAUUAGGAGGGCACAUAGCAGACGUAGCAGGAGCAGCAGUGGCAGCAGAAGCAGCAGGGAUGGCAGGGGCGGCAGGUUGGCAAGGCAUGGACAUAGAGGCGAGGGUAGAUGACAGCGAUGCUCUGAAUAGCGCUGGAGAUGGGAUGCGAGGAGGCGGAGGCGGAGGAGGAGGAGGAGAAGGAGCAGGUGCUGCUGCUGCCGCUGCUGGUGAGCUCGGCGACAGCAGUGGCAGCGGCAGCGGUAGUGGGCGGGGGGGUGUGCUGUUCUAUGUGAAGAGCCGGGGGCGUGGGACGGAGAGCAGCAAGCGGGCGAGUAGGAUCAAGAGCACGCGUAAGUGUGAGGGUGAAGGUACGGAGGCGUUGACUCCGCAGGCACAUGCGAGUGAACCGGGGCCGUUGGAACGAGAGGGAUCGACACAGACAUGUGUGCAGGCAGAAGGCGCAGCAGGUGUGGCUGUACGAGUGCAGCUGCAGAGACAUGGAGAGGGGCAUGGGCAUGGGGGUGAAGUGAGAGAGGGAGAGGGAGAAGGAGAGGGAGCAGGGAGGAGGGAGCAGGGGCGGACGCCUGGGAGAGUGAUGGUGGGAGUGAUGAAGCCGGUGAGUGGCUUGGGUGGUGGUGCUCACAGGUUCGGAUCCACUGGCAUGUUCGCUGCUGCUGCUGCUGCUGCUCCACGUAUCGUCAUUGCAGAGCACACAGGCGACACUGGCACAGGUGCCAUGGCAGAAGGAGCAGCAGCACCCACAGCAGCAGGAGGGGCAGCCGCAGCAGCAGCAGCAGGGGGAGGAGGAGCCGCAGCAACAGCAGCAGGAGGCGAGGCAGGGGGCGGGUUGCUGCAGCUGCUGCUAUCAGAGCAAGGAGCAAUGAAGGAGAAACUAGGCAAGUUCAUGCUGGACCCGAUCCGCCUUGAUAUCGGCCACGUGCUCGCCGUGGGCGCCUCCGGCGAGGUGCGGCGUGGGCGCUACCAGGGCCGGGAGGUCGCCGUGAAAGUUCUCAAGGCGGAGAGGCAUGAGGCGCAUACGGCGAGAGCAGAGUUUCGGAGAGAGGUGGUGACGCUGGUUUCGUGUGGGGAGUGCCCGCAUUUGCUGAAGUUUUACGGGGUUUGUGUGGAUAUGAGGCAGCGGAUGUGUAUAGUGACGAAGCUGAUGAAAGGGGGGAAUCUGCAUGAUAUGCUGAGGCGAAGGCAUGGCGUGGGGCUGCCGCUGCCGCAGCUGGUGAAGGUGGCGAUGGAGGUGGCGCUGGGGAUGCGGUUUCUCCACCGCCAUGGCAUCAUUCACCGGGACCUCAAGCCGGCGAACGUGCUACUAGACGAGCAGGGGCGCGCCGUCGUAGGAGAUUUCGGCGUGGCACGGCUCAUCAGAGAGCGCGCCGAGAUGACCAAGGAGGUGGGCACCUACCGCUGGAUGGCCCCUGAAGCCUUCGGCACCACAGGCCAAUGGACCGUGACCCAACGCAGCGACGUGUACAGCUUCGGGAUUGUCCUCUGGGAGCUGCUCACCGCGCGGUUACCCUACGAGGACUACUCGCCGCUACAGGCGGCGGUGGCGGUGGCUCUGAAUGGGUUGCGGCCGCCGCUGCCUCACGAGUGCCAUGCGGGGGUGAGGAGAUUGAUAGAGCGGUGCUGGGCGCGGGAUCCGGGGGAUAGGCCGGAGUUUGAUGAGAUUGUAAGGGCGCUGGCAGCGAUUGGGGGUGAGGGCGUGGGGGUGGAGUGGGAGGGGAUGGGUGGUGUGGUGGAGGUGGGUGUGGGUGUGGAGGGAGAGGAGAGGGGGCGGGGGGUGGUGGGGGUUCGAAGAGGCGAGGAGAAGGACGGUGAUGGUAAAGCCGAUGGUGGUCCUGGUGGUGGUGUUGCUGCGGCUGCCGCUGCUGCUGUUGGUGGGGGUGGGCACGCUGUUAUUGCUGCGGAGGUUAUGGAGCAGCACAUGCCCAACAGCCAGCCCAGAAGUGACACCUUUCCUGCUGCUGCUCCCAUGCAGGAACUGCAGCAGCCGCAGCACCACGCACAGCAGCAACAGCGGCCGCAGGUGGUACUGGUGGAGCAGCGGGGGGUGCAAGGAAGGCCCAUGCAGCAGGGAGAUUCCAGUGCAGCCCUUGCAUCCAUGCAGAACGGUCCUGCUCGUGAGUGCUUGCAGUCGAUAAGCGGGCCUGAGCGGGGUGGGAGCGAGAGCGAGGGGGCGAUGGAUGGGACGUGCGAGGAGGCAAUGGAGGUGGUGGAGCAGAUGCUUCCAGAGCUGCAUGUCAGUGAGGGGGAGGGAGGGCGGGGCGAGAAGACCGUGCGUGCAGGACGGUGA